AUGUCGUCGACGAACCCAGAAGACGCGAUACAUCUCAAAUGGAUGCAGGCCGCGAUGGACAUGGCCGAAGAGGCGUUGGCGGCGCAAGAGGUCCCGGUGGGCUGCGUCUUCGUCCGCGACGACAGAGCCAUCGCCAAGGCGCGCAACAGGACAAACCAACUCCGGAACGCCACCCGCCACGCAGAGCUCGAGGCGAUCGACGAGAUCCUCGCCGACAAGCAGCUCACCCCAACCGCCACCCCGCACCCGCUCGCCGCGACGACGCUCUACGUGACCGUCGAGCCGUGCAUCAUGUGCGCGUCCGCGCUGCGGCAGAUGGGCAUCAAGGAGGUCUUCUACGGCUGCGGCAACGACCGCUUCGGCGGGUGCGGGAGCGUCCUGGGGGUCAACCGCGCGCUUCCGCAUCCGGCACACGCGGGGUACGAAGCCCACGGAGGGUACAUGCACGACGAAGCGAUCAUGGUUCUUCGACGGUUCUAUAUCACCGAGAACGCCAACGCUCCAGUCCCCAAGUCGAAAGCUAACCGCGUGCUCAAGACGGAGAUCGCCGCUCGGGCAUCCCUGAAACCGGAGCUUCGUGAAUGA